UCCUCUCUCUUGACAAGUGUUAUUUACUCCGCCUCGUUGUUCUGUGCAGACCAGCCACUGCCUUUCCAGUAGGCUGAUGCAGCAUCUUUCUUACUUCUCCUCUCCUGUUUUCCCAUUCAGGCGCCGUUAGCAGGUGCGUCUCUUUGCGAUGGCCUCUGGUGCCAGUCUGGGCGGCACCGAGGAUGGAGAGGCAGAGGCACAGGCUGCCGUGCUCAGGGGAAGUCAUGCAUCCAAGACGGAGCAAGGCCUCGGCAGCAGUCUGGCAGCGUCACAGGUCGCAGUCGGCAACCGGACCACCACAAAUGACGCACAUGUCGAUGGCUUUGCAGCAGCGAAUGAAGCGAUCGCUCCGGGAAGGAGGAAGCGCAAGUCGCCUGAUGGUAGCGCAGAACAUGACGAGUCUGGGGUCGCGGGUUCUCAGCCAGUUCGCGGUCUCAAGAAGAUCAGGCUGGCCGAGGCACACGCACAACCAGGCGCUCAGUCAACGUCAACGUUGGGCAGUUCCCUGAGCCUAGACAAGUCUCUCUUGCCUCGGGAAAUAUGGCACCAUAUCUUCACCUUCUGUCCGCCCAAGUCGUUGGGCAAUUUGUUGAUUGUCAACAGGUUGUUCAACCUCUACCUUGACCCUGCUUCCCCGUUUCGCGGAGGCGAUGCUCCUUCUGGCACUCCCACUCCCGGCGCCGUCGUGCCCAUGGCACCCAACGCCAUCUGGCAAGUCUCGCGGCGGCUCUUUUGGCCACAAAUGCCUGCCCCUCUCCGAUCAAAAACCGAGCUUGAGAUGUGGCAAUUGGCAUGCUCUCCCCGGUGCAAGGAAUGUGGCAGACGCCAUACACGGAGCUGGGCUUCGUCUUUUGACCCCCAUCAUCCCGGUCCAGGAACUGAGGGCGUGAGAGUCAUUUGGGCUUUUGGCCAUCGGUUGUGCGCUGCUUGCCUUCUCAAGACAUCUGACAAGGAGCUCGAUGUACAAAUCUCGCCAUCUAUACCCUCUGCCAUCAUACCGGCGCUCCCGUUCGUCUUCGUCACAUCAGAUCGCCAUGUUUUCUCGGCUACCGCGCUCGAGCACGGUCAGCUGCGGCCGGACGUACAGGUAACCAAGCUAUUUUCAAAGACAGAUGUGGAAGCCCUGCAGGAGGAGUUUACCCAGGUCAGGGACAUGGGCCAAGGGACGGUGGGCGAGUGGCUCAAGGGCCUCCCCGGUCGAGGCAGCGGCCUGCUCCAUGAAGCUUCGAAGUGGGAAAAGUGGGAGUCAUCUGGCGGUGUUGUGAGAAUGCGCUCACUGCUAUAUCCGGGUUAUGAGAGAAAUGUCUCAGUUUCUCUGCCUCGAAAACCAUCAACAAAUCCCUCUACCACCCCGUUUCCCGCCCAAGGGCGUCAUGAGCGGACUGCAGAGGAGGCUGCGGAGCUAAAGGCGGCUAGAAAGGCCGAGAUUGAGCGGCGCGCUCUGCUGCUGGAACCCCCACUGACGCCCGAGGUCCUCAUCCUCCUUCCUGCCUUUCAAGCCGCUACUCAGAUCGGCGCCCGACUGGAUGAUGACGCAUGGGAGCGUCUCAAGCCGCGGUUAUUGGCGCAGCGAGCCGAAGCAGAGAAGGUUCCGCAGAGUGAACGCGAUGUCAAGUCCAGCGUCAAACCGGAACUCAGAAACCAACAGCAACUGAAGACAACUCUGACUGUCGAGAAGGAGGCCCGUGGCCGUCUCGACAAGGAUUGGGAGGAGGUACAAGCUCCCCUUCGCGCCAAAAUUGCUGGCUAUGCAGAUGAAGUUGUCAGAGAUGGUUGGGAAAAAGGCAAGAAGGUCACGAUAGAGAACUGCUCACGCUUCGCAGUGGACUCGCUCCUCUAUGUCCGAGAGCGGUUUUAUGCCGAAGUCGCGAAGGAUGCCGCUGCUGCAAGGGUGGCCCGCAAGGCUGUUCCGAUCGACCCCCCUGAAGGGCCCUACACUCAAAAGCUAACCCUGGAGAACAUGAAGUGGAUCUUUGACACCAAAAUCAAGCCUCACACUGAGCCUCUACGGAAGGAACUCUUCUACUGCAGCGGUUGCGAGGGGAACUUCAAGCCAUUUGGCUUCGAGGGCGUCAUCCAGCAUUAUGCGGCAAAGCACACAAGUGCUUUCAGCCUCGGGAGCAUUGUCGUACAUUGGAGGGCUGAAUGGCCAGAGCAACCGCCCUUCAGCGCAACAGCCCGACCUGCAAAGGCCCCCUUUAACCCGCACGCGCCGAGCGGGUUCCACGCCAACGGAGGUGCGCCUCUGGCUUCCAACUGCAGCUAUCCACCUCCUGCGGGACCAGUGCCCCCGCCGCUGCCGCCCACUUAUCCGCCGCCCAUGGGAUCCGGGUACACUCCAUUAACGUACAGUGACCACUACCAGCAGCCGCUGCCGCUGCCAUUGCUGCAUCCUUACCAACCGCAACUCGGAGCUCUCCCGUUCGCACCGCAGACCGUUUAUGAGCACCGGCCUUCCUACGCCACUCCGCCCGCCCCCUUUCCCGCUUACCGACCUCCAACAAUGGCGUAUCCUGCCCCGGCCGCAGACGUAGCGCCAACUUUUGUGCCUCCUCCAGGCGUUCGUAACGAUUAUCCGCAUGGGCCGUAUCCUGCGAACAAUGCCGGGGUCCCCUUUGGCCCAUCCCAGCCUCCGACCUAUCCGGAUCUCUAUCGAACCAAGGUCGAGGAUAUUGCCCGCAAUUCACGCGAGAUCUGGCGGGUGUUGGGCGACAUACGGGACCUUCCCGGAUGCGUCAGGGUCUUCACGACGAUUCAUCACAUGGUGAAGAGAUUUAGGUCUAGAUUCUACGAAACGCCGCCACUAUCCAUGUUCAUCGACGGCUUAUCUAACAAUAAGGAAAUGCGUCCCGUCCGGAACGUCAACGGGCUGGUUUGCAAGGCCUGCCGCCUGGGCCUCGGGAACGCGGCGUCCGUGGAGCAGGGUAGGAAGGACUUCUCACUACCACAGCUGGCAACCCACUUCCAGUCCAAGCACAUCGAACGAAUGCAGAGGACGCAACCGGCGCAGACGUCCCUAGACUGGGUAGUUGAUAUGGUUCUGGUGCCCGAUCUUGUACUUCUUCCAAGUCUCGCUUCGUCGGCCAAUGAGCUCCAGAAAGCCCUGCUGUUGGCCGCUUUCCCAGCUGCAUUUACGGCGCCUCCCACUGAGCAACCCUACACAAUUCACCGAGUGCAUCAAUAUGAACAAGGCCCGGCCGAAAGGAUUUAUCACAAGGCAGCGAAUGCUCGGGAAGGACCUCAGACGAGCGUUUGUCACGCUGGCCACUCGGGACCCUCAGAGUUCGGCUUUCGCACCGACUCCCGUGCUGCGAGUCAAUCACCUCAGAGCGCAACGCCGGGACUGCCUUCAGAAAACGACCGUCAAGCGCAUAGUGAUAAAGUCAGGCACUCGCCUCAAAGUGCUCAACCGCACCGCAUGCAAAAUGGCUUCCAUGGCAAGAACGAGGCUGGUAGAAAUAGAGGUGGCAAACCGCAGGGCGCGGAGGGUACGACCAGGUCCGGAAAGCAGUUCAAGGCGGACGAUGGGAGGAAGCCCGAAGAGACGAGCGGUAGCGCUAUGCUUGCUCCAAGUCAGCCACGCACUCCAUCCAUGCGCCCGUCACUUACCAGACCAGAGCGGCACGAGACAGCAGUCGUCACGCAGGGCCGAGCAUCCGAACUUCCCAGCAUUCAGGUGCCGCACCAAAUCGGGAAGGACUCGAUGGCCCCAUUCGCCAAUGGUGGACAAGAGCCUAACAUUAUGGCAGCGUUGGAGUCCUACCCCGACCAGAGGCAUUUUCCCGACUCAGGGGACCAGCAAAGUGCGCAAGAUGCGGCAGCACACACCGUCACACGCGAUUCUACGGUAUUCGGGUCCGGUUCCCACACAUACAGUCGGCCUGGCGACAGAGAGGGUCGAGCGUGGUCUCCUCCUAUUCCGGCAAGCAGAGGCAGGAGGAGCCCAGGGGAGCGGCAUGUCGAGCCCGUGUAUCAUUCUAGGCCAGAGGUAGUCGCGAGGCGUGAGGAUAUGGAUUGGCCCCAAUGGGCGCAUGCUGGCUUCAUCGAUCCAUUAUCGCAACGUGAGGAGGAUGAGCGUUUCGGCCGAGGGUGGCCCGGGGACCGAGGCCACCGCAGCACAGUACCACCGCCGCGGGAAGCAACGGACCGGAGAUACUACCACGGCGACGACAUGUGGAUGCCACAGCCGCGGCAGGCGCCCGUCGAGGCAUACGAGAUAGUGCAUGUCAUUGAUGAAAGCGGGGAGUAUUACAUCCGCCGGCCGGUGCGGCGGCAUGAGCCGGAUCCGGCACGGUAUAGAUAUGAGGAUCGCAGGAUACGACAUGAUGCAGGUCCGAAUUCUUCUGCUCUUGACUCGGUGUAUGCCCCUGUCUCCCGGUCGGGUCUGAAUCACGAUGGGUUCCGAGACGGCGUGGGGCAAGACGGUUGGCCGGCUGGCCGACGGGCUAAUCCGGCCUACUAUGAAGAGUAUGACCCCCGCUUUCCGGCCGCUUGAAAGGGUCUUGUCUCGACGGUACGAUGGAACUAUCUGAUGGUUUGUGCGUGGCUGGGCGGAGGGAUACGUCGGAUGGGGACGCUUGAGAGUUGUUUGUAUCUAUAUUUACCUGUACCGAAAUGUAUAGCAAA